UUAAAGCUCAACAAAUUCCUCUCUUCUACAGAGCAUUGCAUUGCAUCUACUGUAGUGAAGGAAGGAAGGUAAUGGAUCAUCAACAGGAGCAGGAUCCUCCAACAUUUAACAGUAAAUCGCUCGAGAAGAAGCCAGGAAUUCUCAUUCUUGGAUCUCCCAAUGUCGGCAAACGUGCCCUUAUCGCUCGACUACUUUCAGUAGAUUCUGAAGAUGCCUUCGAAUCAUCUUCUAACAUCCUAUCCUAUCUGUGGACAAUCAACACCAAGUAUUAUAAUGCUGAUGUUUCUGUUUGGAUGGCCCAUCUUCAUGAGGAUUUUUCCAUUGGAGCUCUGCCAGCAUAUGAUCAGCUUGUUGCAUUGGUGAUGGUCUUUGACGUUACAGAUCUCUCAUCUUUUGUUGCACUUAAAGAUUUUGUCUCCCGCACUGACAUCCUUAAGUUUGAGAUUUUGUUAUGCAUUGGCAACAAAGUGGACCUUCUUCCUGGUCAUUCUGCUCAUGUUGAAUACAGACGGCGCCUGUUGAAAAGUGCAGACUCCUCUGGUAGCCCUUAUACAGAAAUGGAUUCUGGAAUUUCUGAAACAGAAGGAAGCAGUCUACUAGGAGAUGAUGAUGAUUCAUUUGAUACUAAAAGGUCCUACUUGGAAUGGUGCCUCGAACACAGCAUAGAAUAUGUUGAAGCCUGUGCAUCAAAUGCUGAAUUUGACAAAUGUCUUUCUGUGGAUGGUGAUUCUCAGGGCGCUGAACGGCUCUUUGGGGCACUUUCAGCUUAUAUGUGGCCUGGAAUGAUCUUGAAGUCUGGUGAUAAGAUUACUGAACCUUCAUUACCUGAACAUCAAGAGUUGUCAGAUGAAGAAUCUGAUUAUGAACUUGAAUAUGAAAUCUUGUCUGCUGGCUCGGCUGAUCCCUGGGAUGACACAGAUAUAGGAUGGGUAUCUGCAGAUGCUCCCGUUGCAACCACUGGAACCGAGGGAUCAGUUCCCAAUGGAAAGAGUGAAGCCGGGUUAAUUAGAGGAGAAAUGCAACCCUCAUCUUCUACAUCUCAAUUGGAAGGAGAAAGUGACAGAAAAGAACUGCCCAGAGCAGAUGCAGCUGAUGGUGAUUCAGAGGAUGAUAAAGGAACAACAUAUGAUUUUGAGAAUUUGGAACAGUUAAUGUCCGAGAUUGGGAAUGUUCGAGACAGCUUAAGGUUAAUGCCAGACUUCCAAAGGAGGGAAAUGGCUGCAAAUUUGGCAAUGAAAAUGGCUUCCAUGUUUGGUGAUAGCAGUGGAGAUGAAGGAGGAUUGGAAUGAUAGGAGAAACCCUUUAAAGUUGACUGAUCACGAAUGCCUCAGUUUCACUUCUUGUAGAGCUGUUCAUAGACUAAAGGAAUCUCAUAAGCACAUUGUGCAUUCAUGUCAAGUGAUAUCGACAAGAUAUUUUAUCAAAGAUAUCUGCUAUAAAAUUUACGGAUCUAAUUGUGUUUAUGAUGCAAACGCAGCAGUAUUUACAAGUCCUAACAGGUGAUUGGAGAUGGUAGAAAUGAUUUUAGCUUGUUCAGGCUUCUACAGAA